GAAAGUUGUUACUAAAUCGUGUUUACACAGUUAUUGUAUAAGUUGUAUAAGAUGGAGAUGAAAAACCACUCUGGAAACACCGGGGCAGUCGAAAAUGCCGCAAAAAAUCCGUCGCCUCCAAAAAAGUCUGCAAAAUCGAAAACAAAAUCCCAACGUUCUAAAUCGUCGCAUCCACCAACUGCAGAUAUGGUGAAUGCUGCUAUCAAAGCGUUACAAGAUCGCAAGGGAUCGUCAGUUCAAGCUAUCAAGAAAUACAUAGCAACGACAUAUAAAGUUGAUGGUGGAAAAAUGGCGCCAUUUAUUAAGAGAUACUUAAAAACUGCCGUAACUGCCGGUGCGGUGGUGCAAACCAAGGGAAAAGGUGCCUCUGGCUCGUUCAAGCUAUCCACACCUUCGAAGGGUUCCGAAUCAAACAGCAAAGCCAAACGCUCCGUGAAAAAGACCGCAUCUGCUGCAGUUGAAAAGAAACCUGCGCAAAAGAAGCUAACGAGUUCUAAAAAAGCGGCUGUUCCGAAGGAAACAGCUGCUGUAACUAAACAAACCACAGAAACCAAGAAACCUUCUCCGAAGAAAGCUAAAACUGCUGCUGUUAAGAAAGCAGAAUCUCUGAAACAGAAGACAGCAGCACCACCGAAGAAUUUGUCAAAAGUAAAGAAAGCUACAAAGGCGCCAGCAGCAAAGACGAAAACUCCAAAACCAAAAACAGCAAAGUCUCCCAAAUUUACAAGAGCAGCAGCGAAAAAGUAAUUCGUUGAAAAAUACCUACCAAUUGGCCCUUUUCAGGGCCACAAAUACUAUUUUGCAAAAGAACAAUCUUGGUUAAUGAAUGAAUAUCUUCACUGUUAUUUUUAAUAUUUGUACCAAUAGUACAUUCACUGUUUGAAGCAGAAGUGUGUUUCACACUGAAGGGCUGGGGGAAUGUGAGGAGCACGAUAAUGGAGAAAGAAGCGGCGAAGGAGUUGACUUCGGAAUUUCUUCGAUGUACUUUCCCACUUCCAAACGCAGUGGAAUGUUAUGGAUGUAGUGGUGGGCUAUAGAUAUUUCUAAAUGAGACCUUUUACAGUUUCUCAUUUUAUUAGCUACGUGUUCCCCAAAUACUGCAUACUCAUCUCUGGCAGAAGUUACUUCAGACAGAGGCUGCAUGCAUUUUACCGCUUGUUGUACUGUUGUAUCCUCACUUUUCCGUAGACGCUUUAGAUUUGUAGGGGGUUUGAAUGGGGUUAGAGGAAUCUCUUUCUGCGAUCCAUCAUCAGUAGUAAAAGUUUCAUGGUAAGAUAAUUCUUCGUCAGGGUUAGUGCCACUCUGAGAAGCAAUGAAAGCUGUUAUUAAUCUUAUUGCUCCCUUAUAUAAAAAUACCUUAUUACAGCACGAAAAACAAAUCUAAUACCGUAGUUACUAAUAGUUUCCUUGUUUGGUUUGUAUACAGGGUGUUACUUGUAACGUUAUUCACGAUUUUUCACCCACUGACGGCCAUCUGACAAAAACAAAUUUACAACAAGAGUUGCAGGGUAUGAAGUGCACAGUAGAUAUCAGUAAAAAAAAUUUCGAAAACAGUUUGUUUUCAUGACGAAGUCGAGGUCACCUUGGGUUUAACAAAUAGGACCAUAUAUUUUUUUUGUUUACCAUAUUUAGAGAACAUUGAGACGAAUUCAAAACACAUUACAUGAUUUUUUACUAAUAUUUACAGAAGUGUAAAUGUGAAAUAUUUAGCUUUUCGUCGUAUUUGACUUUGACAGUGUAAACAUUAUUUGACCCCGAAGAGAUUACUGAAUGUAAACACGCGACUUGAACAUAAGAUGUUCGAAAUGCAUUCCGCCUUCUGCGACGCAAUAUUCUGCUCUUUUAUAGAAGUUUGAAUGCGUUGCUGCAGAUAGACUUGCUGGAUCUACAUCUCUGCAUGCUGAGAUAAUUCUUUCUUGCAUUUCUUUAAUAUUAUUAAUUGGUGAUUGAUAUACAACGGACUGCAAAUAUCCCCAUAAAAAAAAUCAAGUGGAAAUAAGUACGGGGAACGAGCUGGCCAUCGUUAUUUCGUCAUUGCAGUUUCUUCGUUAGUCUUCUCUUGUUUCCACACAAGAUCGUACUUCCAAAUAUGACGAAAAGCUAAAUAUUUCACAUUUCCGCUUCUGUAAAUGAAGUAAUAUGUUAGUAAAAAUAUCAUGUAAUAUGUGAUUUGAAUUCGUCUCAAUGUCCUUUAAAUAUGGUAAACAAAAAAAAUAUAUGGUCCUAUUUGUUAAACCCAAGGUGACCUCGACUUCGCCGUGAAAACAAACAGUUUUCGAAAUUUUUGUUACUGAUAUCUAUUGUGCACUUCAUACCCUGCAACUCUUGUUCUAAACUUUUUUUUGUCAGAUGGUUGAAAGCAGGUGAAAAGUCGUGAGUAAUGUUACAGGUAACACCCUGUAUGUUGUAGAAACCGAAUUCAGAAACUAGAUGGAGAGCUAUAAGCGAACAGUUUAACAGGAUAACGAACUUUUCUCGAUGUCUGGGCUCGAUUGAUGGAACGCAUCUACAAAUAGUGGCACCAGAGCACAGUGGCAGCUUGUAUUUUAACUACAAAGAGACAUUGGCUGUAGUUUCGAAUUGCCCCGGUGGCCGAUCGACAUUGGCUUUGGAGGGGCGAGAGGGGGAGGGAGAAAACCCCAAAUGUAAAACGGUAUCCACAUCAGCCCAGUAGUUUCGGAGAUAUUAAUUAAAAACUUUCGGCAUAAUACGUAGAAUUUUGCCUAUACAGACGCGACUAACACAACCAUCCCCGGUGUAGAAACCGUAGUCGUCAAGUGUCAAGUAACCGAUGUCACAGUAGGGGGUCUCGACCUGAGUAUCUACAGGGUGUCAUAUAUGUAUAAAGCGCAUUAUUUUGUAAACUGUGGCUCGCGUUUACAUUAAUCGAAUACGAAUUACAUGAAUGCGAAUAUGAUUUUUGUUUUUGAUAGAAAUAUCACGCUGUCGAAAUAUUCGGAAACAACUUUUUUACUAAUACAGUAAAAGCUGGAUAUAUGCAACAAACAUUGGGACCCAGACGUUGCAUAUAUCCAGCCAAGGUGUCGA